GGGAAUUUAUUUAGCAAACGUCGCUGCUACCAAAGCUAAGUGAAAAAUAUUCAUGCAACCAGCGCUUGUAGUCGUUUUCAUACGUCGAGUAAAGUAGCUCAAGUUAAAAUGGACGAAUAUGACGAAAUGUUUGGGAUCGAGGACCACUUCGACGAGCAGUUCGCCGACGAACUCGAAGUUCUGGCUGAGAUGGAGGAGGAAACAUUAAAGCCCGUGAAGCRUCAGAAACAGAGUUCAGGAGAUGACAUCGCCGACAUCGAACACCUGUUGUAUGAUCAUCCCAUCACUCCAAAGGCAAAGCGUCAGAAGCAGGAUGCAGGCGUGGUGAAGCAGCUUUUUAAGGCUUCAGAAAGUCAGGAGYGUACAGUCCCUUCACGGCAUGAUGACAUCACACCUCCGUCCUCCCCUGAGCACUAUGAGCCUUCACAUACCUUCAGGUCUCCUCCUGCUGUGUUGGAUAUUAGCGGCUUGGCUGAAAUCCCAGAGACUCCCAGUCGACCUCUGACAGUACCAGCCUCCCUGCACGUGCUGAAACGACCUCCUUUGGAGGGAGAGUACGUCAGUGUAACAGAUUCAUCUGGGAAUCGGGUUUACCUCAGACAGAAAGAAGACACAGAGACUAAGAUAGUGGAGUCCAGGCUUGUACCGAACGCGUACGGUGCACUGGGGCUCCUGGCAGUGCCAGUAAGAGAGUUGAAAGAACAAGAGGCAGAGCGGCGCCACCAGCAGGUUGUUGAGGAAUCACAGCGACUUACAGAGCUGCUGGACAGCAGCGUGAACGGCAUCUUGGCUGCAUCCGAGGACGCUGAAAACGAAGAGAACGAGGAUCCUGAAGACACAGAGGGACGAGCAUCUCGAUUGUGGGUGGACCGGUUCUCUCCGCGCCACUACACAGAGCUCCUCAGUGACGACUUCACAAACCGCUGUCUGCUCAAGUGGCUCAAGCUGUGGGACACUGUGGUGUUCGGCAGAGAGAGGAAGUCCCGCCCCGCUCGCUCCGACAGACAAGCUGCCAAUCAGAACUCCUUCAAACCCAAUCAAGGGAAUCAGAAUCCAAAUCGCUUCAAGAGUAAGAUUGAGAUAACCGAGGAGCUCCUGGAGGCUGAGCUGGAUCAGUACAAACGACCCAAGUUUAAGGUGGCGCUGCUGUCUGGUCCUCCCGGUUUAGGGAAGACGACUCUGGCUCACGUCAUAGCAAAGCAUGCUGGGUACAACGUGGUGGAAAUCAACGCCAGUGACGAUCGCAGCGCAGAGGUCUUCCAGAAACGCAUCGACACGGCCACACAGAUGAAGUCCGUUCUAGGAGCCCACGAGAGGCCGAACUGCCUCAUUAUCGACGAGAUCGACGGAGCACCUGCGGCUGCCAUCAACAUCCUGUUGGCGGUUCUGAACAGGAAGGACGGACACGGCGGAGAGGCAGCGACAGAGGCUGCGAAGAAGAAAAAGAAGAAGGAUCCCAUCUUGCUUCGGCCAAUCAUCUGCAUCUGCAACGACCUUUACGUUCCGGCUCUCAGACCUCUCAGGCAGCAGGCCUUUCUCCUGUCUUUCCCUCAAACUCAGCCUUCCCGCCUCACUCAGAGACUUGCAGAGAUCUCCCUACAACAGGGGCUCAAAGCAGACACGGGCGCUCUGAUGUCGCUGUGCGAGAAAACGGACAACGACAUUCGCUCCUGCAUCAACACGCUGCAGUUCCUCCACGGUCGCGGCCUCAAGCAGCUGGACUCCAGAACYGUUCAGAAUGUCUCUGUUGGACAGAAGGACCAGAACAAAGGCUUGUUUCAUCUGUGGCAGGAGAUCUUCCAGUUACCACGKACUAAAAGGAAACGUAUCGGGGAGGGCUUCGAGGAGGCGCCCGGCUCAGGAAGUGGAGCUCAGAGGUUUCAGCACGUUUUACACUUGGCCUCAUCCAGCGGAGAAUUCGAAAAGGUGUCUCAGGGGCUGUAUGAUAAUUAUUUGUCCAUGCGAGUGAGGGAUCCCCACCUGCACGGCGUGUGUGAGGCUCUGGAUUGGCUCACGUUCUCCGACAGGCUGAACCAAGUGAUUCUGCACGGACAGAACUUCUCUCUGAUGAGAUACCUGCCCUUCCUGUCUGUCGCCUUUCACUUCCUGUUUGCUCACACGAGCGUGCCACGCAUCAGCUAUCCCCACAGCCACCAUGAGGCUUCGUCCCGCCUCCUCAGCUGCAGGAACGCUUUGUCCACCAUGUUGGCUGAAAUCCCAGCGAGCGUGCGCGUGAGGAUCAGCCACCUCAGCCUGAGCCUCGAUAUUCUCACUUUGCUCCUCGACAUCAUCUGUCCCAAACUACGACCCGUGAAUCCGCAGCUGUUCAGCAGCAGAGAGAAGGAACAGAUGCACGAGCUGAUCGACACCAUGCUGGCCUACAAUCUCUCGUACAGGCAGGACCGCACACCUGAGGGGCAGUACACAUACGUGCUGGAGCCGCGUGUCGAGGAGGUGGCGUGGUUCCCCGGCCUGCCGCCGCGCCGCCAGCUGACCUAUCAGGCCAAACAAACCAUCAGCAGAGAGAUGGAGCAGGAGAAGAUGAGGAGAGCCGAGCAAACGAUGCUGCAGAGGAACCCCGCGGUGAGAGAAGAAGGAAAGAAGAGCGCUGGACCAAAACCGAGCAGGAACCACCAGCAGAGGCUGGAGAGUAUUGUGAAACAGACCACAGUGCAGACCAGGCCUGAGGUGGACUUCUUCGGUCGAGCKGUUGCCCCCAAACCUCAGCGAGCUCAGCCGUCCUCGGACACAG